GGGAGCAGCGUUGAGUUUCCUCAGAGUUUUUUAUUCUAACUGUAGAACCCUCUACAACUUCGUUUCUCUCCUCCGAAUCAUCUUCCGAGACGAUGGGGAACGAAGGCAGCAUCGAGGGAGAGGGCCAGCCGGGACAGCCCGGCUCUACUGUUCCUUCCCCGGGGGCUCCGACUUCCAUUUCAGCACCAGCAGGCUCUGGACAGCUCAUCAAGCCCAGCAAUGGUGCGCCAACGGGAGGGACGGGGGCCGGACCCGGCCCGGGGAUUAACAGCAUCUCUGGAAGACCCCCCCAGACAGACCCUGGGUCCGGGCCCAAGGCGGGGGUCCAGACUGGGCCUGGGACGGGGGACCGCCUGGCCUCCCAGAGGGAGCAGCAGGGUCAGAGCCACGUUGCCCGCAAGAACCUCCAGGUGGACGUGGGUAGUAGCAGGACAGGACGGUCCCCAUCGGUGUCCCCCGCCGUCACCCCCACCUCACCCUACUCCGUGCCCCAGAUCGCCCCCAUGCCCAGCAGCAAGCUGUGUCCCGUCUGCAAGACGGCCGACCUGACGGGCACCACGGAGGACAACCAGCCAAACUGCAGCACCUGCACCCAGUGCCGAUCCACGGUGUGCAACCAGUGUGGCUUCAACCCCAACCCGCACCUCACCGAGGUCCAGGAGUGGCUGUGUCUGAACUGCCAGAUGCAGAGAGCUUUGGGAAUGGACAUGGAGACACCUCGCUCCAAGAGCCAGCAGCAGAUUCACUCUCCGUCUCACCAAGCCAAACCAGAGCCCAUCUCUGAACCUCAAACUCAGCCCCCACCCCAGCCCCAACCUCAGCCCCAGGUCCAACCUCAGCCCCAGCCCCAAGCCCCACAUAAGGCACAGCCUCUAACCCAGCACCAGGCUCCGACACAGGCCCAGCCCCCACCGGGCCCUAACAGACAGACUGGUCCAGGCCCGGGACAGACCGCUCAGCAACAGAGAAGUCCAGGGGGCCCUGCUCCAGCCCAGGGUCAGGGUGGGGCUCGUCUCCCCCCAGGAGCUGUCCCUCUCCCAGGCAUGGCCAAAGCCCCAUCCCAGCCUGACCUCCGUGGCUCCCCUGCCCACCAGCCCCUGCCCCUCCGCCAGGACCACACCCGCAGCGCAGGGAGCUCCCCGUCACGCCAGCCUCCGCCCCCGGCCGCCGCCCCCGAGCAGACCUUUGGGAAGCUGUUUGGAGGCUUCGGUGGCUUCGGUGCCUCCCUCCUCAACCAGGCCAGCACCCUCAUAUCAGAUAACCCAGUAGCUGCUCCGCCGCAGCCCCAACAGCCCCCCAAACCUGCCCCCAAACCAGCCGGACCCCAGGGACCUGCAGCUGGGGCUGGGAAACCACUAGGAACUCAUUCUGGCCAACAGGGACCCCACGCACCCCAACAGGGACCCCAUGCACCCCAACAGGGACCCCACGCACCCCAACAGGGACCCCACGCACCCCAACAGGGACCCCUCCAGCAGCAGGCCAAAGGUGCCUGCUGUCCCCUGUGUAAGACCAGUCUCAACGUGGGGGUGACGGCCGAGCCGGCCAACUACAACACCUGUACCCAGUGUCACGCCCAGGUCUGCAACCUCUGUGGAUUCAACCCUGCACCCCAUCUGGAGAAUAAAGAAUGGCUCUGUCUGAACUGCCAGACCCAGAGAGCUUUGUCUGGGGCCCUGGGAGACACGCCACUUCCUGCUCCUCAGCCAAUGGGAUCCCCACGGCACCCAGCUCCAGCCAAUCAACCACAGCCUCAGCAGAGAGGGCCCAAUCAGCAGGCAGGGCUACGGCCCACUGGUCCUCAACAGCAACAGAAACCACCGGGUGCCCAAGUAAGUGGCCCUCCUUUCUCCCCUGCCAAACAGGCAGGGCCCACCGCCCAAAGCAAGGGGCCUGCUCAACCGUCCCCUGCUAAAACAGCCCAGCCCUCUCCUGCUAAGGCACAACCGUCCCCUGCUAAAACAGCCCAGCCCUCCCCUGCUAAGGCACAACCCUCCCCUGCUAAAACAGCCCAGCCCUCCCCUGCCAAGGCACAACCGUCCCCUGCUAAAACAGCCCAGCCCUCCCCUGCUAAGGGUGCACCCUCCCUUGCCAAACAGACAGGACCCACCACCCAGAGUAAGGGUCCUGCCCAGCCCUCCCCUGCUAAGGGCGCACCCUCCCCUGCCAAACAGACAGGACCCACCACCCAGAGUAAGGGUCCUGCCCAGCCCUCCCCAGCCAAGGGCGCACCCUCCCCUGCCAAACAGACAGGACCCACCACCCAGAGUAAGGGUCCUGCCCAGCCCUCCCCAGCCAAGGGCGCACCCUCCCAUACCAAAGCUGCACCCACCCCUAGCAAGGGUGCACCCUCUCCUGCUAAGGGUGCACCUACCCAACCUAAACCCAACCAGAGUGUACCCAACAAGCAGUCUGGUAAACAGCAGCAGGGCCAGGAGAAAAUUAGAGUCGCCACCAAAACUCAAAAGGAAGCAGAAGUCAAAGCCUCGCCCAAGAAGGGAGCGCCUGAGACCAUCACCACAUCAAAAGAUGAAAAGAAAAAACCUGCUGGAGACUCGCAGAAGUCAAAACACCAUGACUAUUCCAACAAGUCCAGCACACAGAGCCUCAGUGACACGGGCUACUCGUCAGAUGGGAUAUCCGGCUCCAUGGGCGAGAUCACAGGCCAGAUCCAGGAGGAUCCGGGGUUGAAGCUGAGUGAACGAGGCCCCUCUAGCCCCUCUGAGAUAACCAAGCUGGAGAGCUCCAUGCGGCCGCUGCUUGAGUCAAAGUCCAAGGCCGCUGCAGACCAGGGCCGGGGGAGGCCUCACUCUCUGUCCAUUGGCCAGGACGAGGAGUACAACUCGGAUGGGGAAGUGUCGGACGAUCUCAGCUCAAAGCUGCGCCACGACUAUGUGGAGGACAGCAGCGAGAGUGGUCUGUCUCCCUUACCGCCCAGGCAGAAGAAGUCCCAUAAAGAAAUGACAGAUGAGGAGUUCAUGAGGAGGCAGAUCAUGGAAAUGAGCGCUGACGAGGAUGAGAUGGAGGAGGAGGAAGGGUACGGCUACCAGAAAACUAAAAACAAAAAGGAUUUGGGGAAGGAGAAACGACGCAGCCUCACCCACCAUUCCAGUAGUUUUGAAGAGGACACCAAGGGCGCCGAUGGUGAAGAAGACGAAGGUAUGAUGGCUUCCCAAGGAGGCCUGCGGCGGUUUAAGACCAUCGAGCUGAACAACUCAGAGCAUGACCUCAGAGAGCCAGAGCUGGAGAUGGAGAGCCUGACUGGAUCACCAGAGGAGCGGUCGAGGGGGGAGUAUUCAUCCACCCUACCUGCCACCACUCCCAGCUACACCUCCGGCACGUCCCCUACCUCUGUGUCCUCCAUGGAGGAUGACAGUGACAGCAGCCCCAGCCGCAGGCAYAGACUGGAAGAAGCCAAGCAGCAGAGGAAGGCUCGCCACCGCUCCCAUGGCCCACUCCUGCCCACCAUCGAGGACUCAUCRGAGGAAGACGAGCUGAGGGAGGAAGAGGAGCUUUUGAGAGAGCAGGAGAAGAUGAGAGAUCUGGACCUGCAGAGAAUCCGCAGCACAGCCAGGAAAACUAAGAGAGACAAAGAGGAGCUGAGGGCCCAGAGACGUAGAGAGAGAUCCAAGACUCCGCCCAGCAACCUCUCUCCCAUCGAGGAUGCAUCCCCAACAGAGGAGCUGAGACAGGCAGCAGAGAUGGAGGAGCUCCACAGAUCCUCCUGCUCAGAGUACUCCCCUUCCAUGGAUUCAGAGGCAGAGGGCUUUGAAAUGAUGGGCUCCAAGCUCUACAAGUCAGGAAGCCACCACAACCUCCCCACGUUCAUGUCUCUCUACUCCCCCACUGAAAAACCUACUGCCACUUCACCGUCUGACAAGACACUUAAAAGUGCAGAGGAGGUUUAUGAAGAAAUGAUGAGGAAAGCAGAGAUGCUGCAGCAGCAGCAGGGACAGCCAGGAAGGCCAGGUCAACAACAAGGAAGUCCACAAAGGCAACUGGCUGGGGCACCUCAGCCUGGCAAUAAACAACAUCUAGACACUGGAGCUUCCCUAACACCUGGCUCCAGCCCCACACAGAUCUCUGCACCUGUUUCCUUCUCCUCAAACGACCCACGUGGGUCUGGAAGAGGGAUCCCCCAAGGAAUCAGUGUGACACAGCAUCUAUCGAAAGAAACCCAAGACAGGAUGAGGACGCAGACUGCCAAAAUAGGGGGUGUUAUCCCCCCGGCAGCUGGAAGACCAGGUACUCAUGGACCAGCACAGGGGGUGCCUCCUCCUGACCCUGGAGUGCCCUCCAUCGCAUCCUCCCUCUUCUCCUAUUUUAAAGGCCCCAGUCCUCCUGUUUCCCCUGCUCCCUCUCCCUCACAGAGCCCCACUCAUUCCCCGUCCCCACGACCCACAGGGCCUGGGGUGUCCCCACGACCCACAGGGCCUGGGGUGUCCCCACGACCCACAGGGCCUGGGGUGUCCCRACGACCCACUGGGCCUGGGGGGUCCCCACAACAUUCUCAGCCUGGCGCUGGUGGCCCAACCUCCCCAAUACCGCCACAACAACAUGGAGCCCAUACGCCACAAAGAUCAGCGUCGCCACGCCUUGCAAGACAACAGUCCUCCUCCGACUCACCAGUAAUGGUGAUAACUCUGGGCUCUGAGACCACCACCAGUUCUGCCAAGCCUUUAACUGUAAACUCUUCCACUUCGCCCCUGUCCUCGCCAACACAGGGUAUACGUCAGCCCAUGUAUCAGCAACAUACUCCUUCAACAAGCUCCCCAACAUCCCCACAAAUGCACCCACUGCACCAAACCRCUCAACCCGGUUUACAGAGGCCCCAAUCUGAGAGGGUUAAUAUUGGCAUGAGCAUGACAAUGACAACCACAGCUACCACAUACAGUCGUGGGUCAAUGUCAAUGGAAAAUAUCUCCCUAUGUAGAAUCUCCAACGUUCCAGGUACCUCUAGGGURGUGGAGCAGGGCCAAAUUCAAAUGCAUCCGAGUGGACCUGCAUCUGUGGUGGACCUGAGAGCACCAAUGAAGCCCGCCCCAAUCAUCAUGACUGACCAGGGCAUGGAUCUAACGUCUCUGGCAACUGAUACAAGGAGGUAUUCUCUCGAUGCUGAACAACCACCCAGCCGCCACACAGCGGUACAGGACCUGAAUGCAGCCAUGAACCUGAAUGCACAAGAGCAGCCGCAUGUGUCUGCGUCCACUCCAACAACAGUCACCGUGGCAGCCUCCAUGUUUAUAUCUCAGCCGAAGGGGCAUCCAGUGGUUUACGGAGAUCCCCUUCAGAACCGUAUGGAUCUGGGGCAAGGCAUUGGAUCAGCAAUGUGUCUUACACAAACUAAGACACCCAUCACUGACCCGUCCAUUCCUAAGAUUGACGCAUGUCUYGAGGAUCUGGGCAUCCAGCAGCAGCAGCUCCAGAUGCAGCAGCAGAAGCUCCUACAGCAACAACAGCUCCUCGAGCAGCAACUCCAGCAGCACCAGCAGUCCUCUUUCGCUCGCUAUAACCUAGCAAACCAGGUCCAGCCGCUGUUYCUGAAGAAAGACCUGGUGGUGAGCCAGACAAGCAUUGGCAUUGCUCAGCCUGUGGUCAGUGURAGUGCAAUUCCUAGAGUAUCUCCCUUACCUCCUCAGCCAGUGUCUGUGGCUCCACCUUCCUCUAACACUCAGCAUGACUAUUGUCAGGGUGGGCUUGCUUUGGAGUUGAAGAACAAGCCCACGGUCAUGAACCUGUCCACGGGAAAGCCCCAUGUCAUGAUGGUCCAACUGGAAGACCGCAAUACAUCUCAGGUGGCCACAGUGACUCAGCUGGUSAAAGAGCCUCCUCCRCCUCCCCAGGUCCUGGAUCUCACUGGUGGACAGAUGCAGAAACCAGAGAACCAAGUGGCUUGUUGUGACGUCGUUUACAAGCUACCCUUCGCUGGUAGUUGUGCAGGMAACUUAACUCAGAAAAAUCUAACCACUGAACCUUCCCAAGUCACCCUUCCACCCCCUGCCCCACAUUACAGUGUAAGCCAGCAGCAGCAGCAGCAGCAGCAGCAGCAUCAACAACAACAGCAACAUCAUCAUCAACAACAACAACAACAACCUGGAAAUAAUGGCUACCAGACAUCAAGCAUGCAAGGAGCACCAGAGGAGCUUAAACCAAUGCAGGGAGUCCCUCCAUACCCUAUACCCCCUGGAGGGAGACUUCAACCUUCCAUGUCUGACACCAACCUGUCUAAUGCAGGGCUUCAGUACUAUCAGAGGACUGACCCUGGGGACCUGGCCGUGGAUCUGAGCACCAUGAAUCAAACCUACGAAGGAGGAUAUCUUGGCAUGGGUGCGCAGUAUGGAUCCUACACAGACUUACGUCAUGAAGGAGAUGUUACAGGUCCUCCCUUACCUCUGCGAAGAUACGGCUCCAUGUCCAACAUCAACCAAGACUACGGCUAUGGUCAGGCAGGUUUACCGGAUGCCAACCUGGCACAGUAUAGUGCCACCACUGCCAGGGAGAUCAGCCGAAUGUGUGCAGCUCUGAACUCUAUGGAUCAGUUCGGUCAACGGUACAGCAACCCUGACAUGAUGCAGUAUGGUGCUGGAAGAGGAGCAGGCCCUGCAGCCAGGCUCAARCUACAGCAAAGUUUAGCAUCAAUCCGAGCCAACCUACUCUAUGGCCCUGACGGUAGGCCCACUGCACACGGCCAAGCCCUAACCAAUCUGAUCAAUGCCAGACAAGCAAGCAUACGGGCCUUAUAUCCAUCUGCAAUGAGAGGAGCUGAUGGCAUGACAUACUCCACCAUCAACAGCCCAAUAGCCUCUACCUUGCCAAUAACCACCCAGCCUUCCUCUGUUCUGCGACCCAUGCCACGAGGAAUAUACCGACCUUACCCUGCAGGCGUGACUGCUGUACCACUGGCUAGCCUCACCAGGUUGCCUCAUGUGACCCCAAGGAUGCCUCUGUCUACACAGGGACCUUACGGUUACGCUUCUCCCAACCAGUUUCCUACAACAGCUGGCGUUCCUGGAAAUGUACCUGACACAAGCACCUCCACCCAGGAAGCUCCUGUCUACCUUGGGAAGCCUUUGGCKACCGUCGCUGUGCACACAGCUGCAACUUUACCACCGGCCCACCCGGUUUCUCAUAUGGGUGGACAGAGUGUACAAACUACUGCAAUGCCAAUUCAGUCUGCAAACCAACAGACCCCCCAAACUCWUAUCCAAGCGCAGAAAGUUACGACACACCCCCAUACACAAACUCAAAUGCAAGCCCAAAUCCAUCAACAAAUGCAGUCCCAAAUACAGCAACAAAUGCAAACUCAAAUGCAACAACAAAUACCAACUCAAACUCAAGCUUUAUCCCUGACUCAAACCCAGUCCCAGCUAAUAACUCAGCCUCAGCCCCAGGCUCUAGUGCAGCAUCAGACUCAGCUGCAGCCCCAGACCACACUCCAGGCUGCAGCAGCCAGCACCACUAUUGCUACUUCCGUAGACCCAGAGCUAGAAAAAGUAGAAGAGCGUUUGAGACAGCAGCAAGAGCAGAUGCUGCAGAUGGAGCGAGAGCGUGUGGAGCUGGAGAAACUUCGMCAAAUGCGCCUACAUGAGGAACUGGAGAGAGACCGCAUGGAGCUCCAGAGGCACAGGGAGAAAGAACAGAUGCUGGUGCAGCGCGAGAUUCAGGAGCUGCAGACCAUCAAACAGCAAGUCCUGCAUCAGCAGCAAUCGGAAAGGGAGACACAGCUGGUCAUGCAGAGYGAACAGCUAGCCCAGCAGAGGAUGCAACUGGACCAGAUUCAGUCGCUGCAGCAGCAGCUCCAGCAGCAGUUGGAGGAGCAGAAGAGGCAGAAGACUGCAGUGGUGGAGGCAGCAGCUGCAGCCGCAGCAGCCGAGGCAGCUGCUUCAUCGGCAGCAGCAGCUGCUACAGCCACUACUGCUCAAGGGGUAGUAGUUGGAGGAGGAACCCCUCAAGGUUUCAUKAUCUGUGACCAGAGUGGUAGGGUGAUUCAACAGGAGGGCCAAAGUGUGCAGUUCUGGCAACCCCACAUGGAAGGGCAGGUGGUCCAAACAGUGGUGACCCCAAGGCCUAUACCUAGCUCUGCCUCUGAGAUGUCCUUCAGAAAUAGUGAGGAUCAGGCGGAGUCCAGGGUCAUGAAGAAGCGGAACUCUAUGCCUCGUCUUAGGGAUGAAGCAGAGGAGGAGCCAGUGAGGAGGAUUGCAGAUAGRUGCGUGCAGACGGAUGAUGAAGAUGGUGAGGACAGGUAUAUGAACCGUAGGGGCAGGAGAACCAGGCGCAUCGCCGACUGCAGCGUCCAGACAGACGACGAGGAUCAAGCAGAGUGGGAGCAACCGGUUAGGCGCAGGAGAUCACGCUUCUCCAAGCACUCAGACUCUAGCGCGGAGGUCAAAUCCGACGGAAUCUCCAAAGUGUCCUCCUCUAGCAUAGCCAUUCAGACCACCAAUGACUCCUCAUGCCAGACWGAGACAGACCAGUUGGGCAGGGUCUCACCUGCAAUCCACAUCACUGCGGCUGAGACAAACAAGGUGGAGCUACUACACUACAUCUCUGCUCCAGAGAGGACCCAUAAGGGUGAGAGCUUGGCCUGUCAGACCGAACCAGAAGUCCAGUCUCAGGGGGUGGUGGCCCCUCAGCUCAGCGUCCCCACCACCAUCAGCCCAUACUCCACCACCAUGCAGAUGGUAGGCUCCACCCCAUCUCCUCCCCAAGGGGUGGCCAAGUUUGAAAGGAGGAAACCCGAUCCUCUGGAUAUCGGCUACCAAGGCCAGCAGCAGAACGAGUCCCCAUCUCGCCAGCCUCCCAAGUCUCCUCAGGUGCUGUACUCCCCCGUGUCCCCGCUGUCACCRCAUCGGAUGCUGGAGACCACCUUCACCUCCCAGGAGAAACUCAACAAGGCGCACGUCACACCCCAGCAGAAAGCCUUCACUGCRGAGUCCCCUCAGCGUCAUCAGAGCCUCCCCAGGCCCAUCAAGAGUGUGCAGCGCUCCAUGUCAGACCCCAAACCCCUCAGCCCCACCUCAGAAGACCCUGCCAAGAACAGGUUCUCACCUUAUCAUCAGCAGGCCCUCUCCAACAGUCAGCUCCAGAUGGCCACCCUGCAGCAGCAGCAGAACUCUCUGAUGAGAAAGGUGAAGAGGACCCUGCCUAGCCCUCCUCCAGAAGAAAGCAGUCUCCCCAUCGUCACCCCAGCCAUGUCCCACAUGUACAGCAGCCCACCGGGGAUGCAGCCCCAGAGGGUGCUGCCAAGGCCCGCCCAGGGGGUCACUAAGGCUGGCCUGCUGAGCGAGCUGAAGGCCGUGGAGCAGGAGUCUACCAAGCUCCGCAAGCAGCAGCAGGAGCUGGAGGAGGAGGAGAAGGAGAUUGACGCCAAGCUGCGGUACCUGGAACUAGGCAUCCAUCAGCGCAAGGAGACCCUGGUGAAGGAGAGGGAGAGGAGGGAGCUGGCCUACAUGCGCUGCAUGGGCGACGCCCGUGACUACAUGUCGGACACCGAGCUUAACAACCUGAGGAUGGUUGCGGCCACGGGGACGUUCGAUGGUAACGGUCUGCUGACGAGGCCCAGCACGGCGCCGCUGAGCCAGUUCACCAACGACCUCGGCCCGGCCUCCCAGUACCCGCCCACCUCCUCCUACAUGGCCUAUCAGUACCCACAGAGCCAGCCCACACCCACACAGCAGCCAACCGCUGCUUACCAACAGAUCGGUUUCCAGCCCCCUCAGUACCCAACAGCUGGCCAGCCCCAGCCAGGCACCUUCCAGCCACACCCACCCCAAGGCCCAGGUUACCAGACCCAGCCAGGCUACCCAGCCCACGGGGGCUAUGGCCAACCUUCCUACCAUACAGACCUGGGCAUGCAGCAGCAUAGCCACCAGGGUUUCCAGCCUCCCAACCCCUCUAUCCCAGGCCAACACCUCCCCUACCCAGGUCAGAGCCCCUACCCCGGCCAGGGGAUGUCCUAUCAGCCCCAGGCUGAGAUCCUUACUGUCCACCAGAGGCCUCGUCAGACCUCCCUGGCUGACCUGGAACAGAAGCUGCCCACCAACUACGAAGUGAUCAGUAACCCUGCCGUCUCGGUGGCCACAUCAGCUCCAGACACCUGCUUUGGCACAGUCUAUUCCUCUAACACCAUGCCCAACGCUUACGGGCAGUACCGCCCCCCGGAACCUGUGCUGACCCACGGAGUGGACAGUCCCACAUCAGCCUAUGCUGCAGACGGCCUCUACACCUCCAACCUGGAGCAGAAUAUCCCCAGGAACUACGUCAUGAUUGACGACAUCAGCGAGCUGACCAAAGAGAACACGGGCCCUGCUGUUGAUGCUCUUGGCCAUCCAAUAGGAGGACGCUACGGUGAGAACGGCCCCGUGCGCCAGACUGGCUACGGCAAUGAGCCUGUGGACCCGUACAUGCCUGCAGGCACCACGGGCUACCACCAGCAGGGCGCUGUGGACCCCCGGACCAGCACUACUGGGGGAUCUUCUUAUUACUAUGACGACUAUAAUAAACACCCCAGCACAACACGUCCAGGGGGCCCAGGGCCCCAGAAACACCCAUCCAAGAACCUGGCCCCUGCCGUGGUCUCCUCCGGUAAGCGCAGCAAGCACAGGAAGCAAGGAAUGGAGCAGAAGAUCUCAAAGUUCUCCCCCAUCGAGGAGGCGCGGGACGUGGAGUCUGACCUGGCCUCUUACACCAUGACCACCUCUACCGGCGGCAGCUGCACCMUGGUGUCCCGGUCCGGGGUGAAGAAGAGCGGCUACGACCAGCAGAAGUACUAUGGCGGCCAGCCGGGAAGCCGGGAAGCCCUGGAAGAGGAGGACCGGAUGUAUGGCUCGGGGAGAUCCCGGUCYACAGGCUACGGCAUGGACAAGAUCUCCUCCAGGGACUCCUCAGGCUACAGGAGCAAGUCCUACGAGAGGGACGCCUUGGAGCGGUCUCAGAGAGGRAACCGCGGUGGACGGAACUCAGAGGAGGAGAGCCCCCUCAGCCCCGUGGGGAAGCCUGUGGGGAUCGGACGAGGCGGCACCGGGGUACCAGGGGAUCCCCAUGACGUGKGGAACCAGUACGGCUCCAGCCACUCCCUGCCGGACGUCCAGGAUCACCACAUGAAGGACCUGCCCAGGAGCCACGUGUACAAACCAGAUGACCCAUACCUUGUAGACGACAUGCACGCAGCUGUGUCGGACAGCGAAGCCUAUCAUUUGGGUCAGGAGGAGACGGACUGGUUUGAGAAGCCGAGGGAGGCUCGCGCCAACCGCUCCAGACACCAUGGGAGCGCAGGCCACAUCUCCACAGGUAGACAACAGACCAGCGCCAACGUGAAGCACACCUACCACGACUACGACGAGCCCCCCGAGGAGCAGGACCUGUGGCCUCAGGAUGAGUACAACAACCAACCUCGCCACCCCUCGUCCACCUCAUCAUCCCGUGACCACCGUGGUUACCAUGGCAGUAGCGGCGGCAGUUCGGCGAGGCACUCAUCUUCCCGCCACUCUGGCGAGGAGCCCCGGUCGUCCAGCCGCUCCUCCAGAACACACCCCAAAGACCCAUCCACCCGCUCUGAGGGCCGUGGAUCCUCCUCCACCCAGAAGAGGGGAGGCUCGGAACCCCGUUCCUCCCGGGAGGGCUACCGGGAUCGGGACUCUGGGGACUACUCCUCCCGUGAUCCGGCCUCCGGACACCACCGCGAGGGCACCGGGGGCAGGGGUCAAAGGCCGCCGGGCUCAUCUUCCAGGAGACAGGAGGGGGUGCCCUCUACAGGGGCCAAGCAGGGCCAGGGGCAGCAACCCCAGGCUGGUCCAGGGGGGCCCCAGCAGCAGGGGCAGCGUUCCAGUGGGCAGUCCCAGUCAGGCAGGCAGCCUGGGUCUCAGGGGCCAGACGGGGGACAGCCAGCCCAGCAGCCUGGCCAGCAGCAACAACGCACCCAGCAGCAGCAGCAGCAGCAGCAGCAGCCGCAGCAGCAGCAGCAGCAGCCCCUGCAGCAGAGCCAGCUUCCUCAGACCACUGCUGGGGGGCCUCAGGCCAAUCCAGGGACCGCAGGGCCAGGUCCCAUGGCAGGAGCAGGGACAGGACCAGGGACAGGACCAGGGACAGGACCAGGGACAGGACCAGGGACAGGACCAGGUACAGGACCAGGGGCAGGACCAGGAGCGGCACAGCACCAGGAUAAACCUGGCCAGACUCCGGCACAAGGCCGGCAGCCAGCUGGACCCACCGCGGGCCAGUCACCAACCACAGCCGCGACUCCUGCUACACCUGCAGCAGCCAUUGGGGGGGCGAAACCUGCAGCAGCGAUUGGGGGGGCAGCAGCAGCACAGCCUCCCAAGACAGUCACACCCCCCCUCACAGGCAUUGGCUCUAAAGCAGCCCCUCCUGGAGGGAUAGGUAGCAGGCCUGGUGGGAUCGGCAGUGCAGCGGCAGGCCAGCCCCCAGCGGACGGGGGAAACGUUCUCACCAAUAUCCUGGGAGGGGCGGGAGGGGCUGCCGAGCAGGCAGGGAAACUGGGUGAUGCUAUUUCUGGCCUCGGCAAGAAGUUCACUUCGUUUUGGUGAACGGAAGAGAGGAGGGGUAUGAGGAGUUGAGAUGGAGAGGGAUUGGAGGCUUGGUACUGGAAAAACCUAUGAAACUGUUUACGGCAUUUUAUACAUUUCACUAUCACAAGGAAACGGAGGAGGAGGGAGGAGGAGGGUACCUGAGCGCACCAYGCUGGAAUCAAAGGAUGCCUGGUCAGCACUGAACUCCCCAGACAUGAGCACACAACAUGAUCAGAAUUAGAAUGGGUGGAUGCUUUGUCAGCACUGGCUGGGAUUUCCAGACAUGAGCAGAGGAUUGAGGAGAGGACGAAGUGGAUGGAUAUCAAGUCAGAGCGGGCGUCCCAAGCAUGAGCAAACUAUUCAAGAGAGACUUCUGCUGCUGCCUCUGCUGGCUAUACACCAACAGAAUGCCAGGGAGAGCCUGCCUCACAGCUCCCGUAAGAGAGUGAAUAAGACAGAUAGAAUCCUCACCUCCCUGUCGGUUGUCUGCUUCCUGAGAGAUAUAACUCCUGAUCCAGGUACAGGACAGGGAGCUGUCACACACCUUAGGCUUGGCUUCGGCAUCUCUCAGCUCAGGGGGACAGCAACGGAGGAUGCUGUUUUUUCAUCUGAAUGUCUUGUAUCACUCGCUGAGGUUCUCCUGUUGGAAAACCAGGCCAGAUGGGAGCGUUUGUAGUUGAGGGAAGCUUCAUAGUGCCCUCUACAGGGCAUUGAGGGGAAGUCACUCUGUCUGAGGAAUCCACAUCUACUCGGGCCAAGUCCCAAAUGACACCCUAUUCCCUAUUUAGUGCACUACUUUCGACCAGGGUCCAUUGGGCUCUGGUCAAAAGUCGUGUAUUAUAUAGGAAAUAUAUAGGAAAUAGGGGACCAUUUGGGAUGCAGGGUCUGUCUGAGGAGUCCACAUCUGACCAGAAUCAUUCAUGACUCCACGCUUUUGUGCACAAAGGGCCUUUUUACAGCAUCACCAUUAUAACGCAAUGGAGGAGGUAGAUCGAGGUGCACAGCUCAUAGGUUUUACUAGUACCAAAGAGACUUCUUCGCUAACUAUGACWCUCUAACUACUACACCGGAGGAGGCAAGACGUUACUACGGCGACYGACAAAACAAACAAACAAUGCCCCUGUUAUUAAACCCUUGAAUGCUUGGUUUCUAUGAUCUCUACAUUCCAGUAUAGGGAACGAUGACCCUUUCUUUGAAUGUGUUUUUAUUUCUCGUCCACCUGUUGUGAUGAUAUGAUGUCUACAGAAUGCAACAUGUACACGUGGACAUGGGAAUGCACGCACAAUAAUAAUAAUAAUCGAAUAGAAACUCAUAUCUUCUUCGAUACUUUUUCCACCACCAUGUCCAGAAGAGGGGCCACUAGACAUUACUAGACGAGUAGGAUCGUGAGAGGAGGAGGACACUACCAGUGUGCCCCACCAAUGAGAGUGUGAGAUCUACACAGAAGAGAGAACCAAACGGAGCGCAAGUAAGCGUGGCCACGGCUGUUUUUUGUUUUUUUGCCAUCGCAAAGCCAUCAGUUGUCAAUCCCAGAGCACUUUGGGACUUUGUUGUUGUUUCGUUUCUUUUUAUGAGCUAUUUGUUGAUUUAUUUUCAUCUUGUUUAGUUUCUUAUCAUUUUUGCCUGGUAUUUUUUGGGAAAAGAAGAGCCUUAUUCGGUACAUAUUUUUUACUUGUAUACCUCAUAUGUUUUGAAACGUCCAUAUCAUACCUUUCUUAAUUUAUUUUUUUUGCACAAAUGUAUACUACUGUAUGUAUAUACAUCUAGCUAGAACACUGAUAAUGUAAAUGAUUAAUUUGUGUAUUUAUGAAUUUAUAUUUGUGACUGUUUUUUUUUCUUCAUGUUUUUCUUUGGUAAAUCUAUUUAUAUUUGAAUGGUCUAUGGUUUUCUUAUUUAUUAUCUUGUGUUUGAAUAAUUUGCUGGUUGAUUUUAAAAGCAAUAGCAUGCAGAAAACGUUAUACAGCACAAUGGUGUUAAUGUUGCUUAAAUUCGUGCUUGGGAAUAUCUGAAACAUGUUGAUAAACAUCAGUAAAUGUGUCUGAGAGAGUUGCAUAACCACACAUACACACCUAAAUCUCGACAUUUACGCUAACGCACACACACACACACACACACACACACAGGAUUGGUUGGAAGCAAUCAUCAUUUCAAAUGUUCUAUGCAAUGAUUCAUUUUGAAACUGGAAAAGACUCCAAAAAAGUUUAAUAUCAUGAUGACCAAUGUUACUCACACGACUCCCAACAUCAUUGUGAACUGAAAGACGUCAGAAAACGGUUAUGAACAUGUUUGUACUUGUAUGUAUGGAUCUUAAUAUUGAACUAUUGAAUCUAGACUUGUUUUUAUUUUUGUGGCAUGUUUAAUAGUACCCCAUCACCCCCCAUACGGGGGACUUGUUGCCAAAGGGUUAACUGUAUAGACUGUCAGUCAUGAAUGUCCAACAUCUUGUUGCUAGAAGCAUGGGUUUGCUUGGCUUCGUCCGGCUGUUUGUAUGACCUCAUUAAGUCUUGGCGUGUGUGUGGCUUGAGCAGGUUUCCACUGUGCCGUGGCGUGUUCGGCUUACAGUGACUGUCCAAUCCGUGCUGCUAUACAAACCUGUGAUGCAGUUGGUCAAGGAAUUCUCCAUUUAAAAUGUAAUUGUGCGUAUUACGGUCGGUGUAUAAUCUGA